AUGUCGCCGACGGCGAAGGAGAGUACCCCUGAGGCGCAGCCAGCAGAUGUAGCACCAGUGGCACCUCACCCAUCUUUUAUACAGGUCGCCAAUCCCUAUAUAUUUGAAAAAACAGUGCAAGAUUGCUUUGCUGCGACGGGGGUUAAUCCUCUCCGGGAAGACAGCAAUCGGCUCCAGGGAAUUACCUGGAUAGAUAAUGUUCGCAAAGCUCUUCACCUGUAUGCUGUUCGCCAUUCUUGGAGGUUCUUUUUACUCACAAGUUUGCGAUUACAGGAAGCGGCUGCUGCUGCUCUAUUUACCGCGUGCAAGAUCGAGGACACGUUAAAGAAAUCUAGAGAUAUCCUAUGUUGCUCGUACAAUCUUAAACUACCUCCAACAGAACAAUUAUCUGCAGAUGACCCGAUUUUUGAAUCCCAUUCUCGGUCUAUUAUCGGUCUUGAGAGACUGAUGUUAGAAUCCUCUGGGUUUGAUUUCCGAAAUCGUCAUCCUCAGAAGGUCCUGAUGAAACUUACAAGGCAGUGCGGCCUUGAUAAGGAUUCCAAAGUUGGACGAGUCGCAUACACCAUAAGUUUGGAUCUCUACAGAACCUUUGCCCCUCUUAAGCAAACAUCGGCUACCAUGGCCUUUGCCUGUCUCGAGCUAGCAGCCAGGCUUCUUGAGGAGCCUGUAGACAAGAUACACUCGGAGGAAGAAUAUAAAUUAUGGGAAACAUCAAGAGCUGAAGUUAUGGAAACCAUACUCGAUCUGCUUGAACUGUACACGCAUAAUCGUUCGUCAACUUCAGUUGGCCCUGACUUUAGCCUCGACGUCUUCUUAAACAUCCGCAUCCCGUUGAACGAAGAAGCGGACUCCUAUAAGAUUCCACGGUUCGCUUACUGGAAGAAGAGGAAGGCAGAAAGCAAUGGCAUAUCAAACGGGACUUCUUCAAAGAAAUCUAAAAAUAGCCAUCACCGACACGGCAAAGACCGCCCCGAAACACCUCCCGCACCACCCAUAAACCCAAUGAUGCCUACUGCCGCUCAUGAUUCCGUUGCUAAAGCCCACGAACGAAGUCGAGACACGGCGAUUCGGUUUAUGUUGGAUCCUGAACAGGCGCAGGCUGAACGUGAGACUGUGUCAGCAUACUUCAAGGUCGAAAUGGAAGAAUACGAAGUUGAGGAGUGA